UUUGUUUUUGUCACAUGAUGUUUAUUGCAAAGUGGUUUCUUAAAAACUUGUACGGUAGAUGAAGUUUUAGUUUUAUAUCAAAUAUGGCAACAAACCAGAUCCAAUUGAAAACUUUAGUUGAUUUAGCUUUAAACUGUAAUGAUCCUGGUGCUGUGAACUUUAAUUAUCUACGAACUUUGUUGUUGGCCAUUUUGAAGUUGACCAAUACCGAUGAAAGUUUUACCGAAGCAAAAUAUGUGGAAAUUGAUCCAGUAUCUGAAGAAAAUGAAUUUGAAGUAAAAAAUGAUGGCCUGGCAACAACUGAUGAAGUGGUAAAUCAUGCUGAGAAGUCCAUGCGAAACAACAAAAGUCACGAGGAGAGAAUAUCAAACCUUGAAAAAGAAUUAUACCAAAUUCACAAUUACCCAUCGAAUGCAGAAUUACUCAACCCGACAAGUAAAGACACAGCAGAAGAAGAGCAAGCUCCUGAUCAACAAAUAUUAACUGCGGAUAGGUUGGCUUCAGUGUGGCAGGGUAAAAAAAUCACGAAAAGAUUAGAAGCUACCGAAGAAGGGAUUGAUAAAUUAUUUUCACUUAUUAAAGAUGUCUUAAGCAAAAUAGAGAAGUCAAACGGUGAUGGAGAAGCUUCUGAUGAAAUGAAAGAAAAUAUCACGAAUUUAAAAAACAAUUUUGGCCGUUAUCAGGAGAUGGUUGACGACAACAAAGAUAAUAUUCAAAAACUUUUAGAUCAAGUAAAACAGAUGAGUGAAGAUAUUUUAAGUAAUAAGAACUCUACUGAUAAAAACACGUUAAAUAUUGACGAUUUAAGAAAGGAAAUUGAUAAAUUGAAUACACAGUUUAAAAAAUUGCAAUCAUCGAGCAGUAUGGAGAAAAUUGAUCAGUCACCAAGUCUUUCUGAUGAAGUAAAAAAACAAAGUAAAAUCAUGGCUGGAAAAGCAGAUAAAUCCUCUAUGAAAGACUUACAGGAGCAUGUGAAUAGGUUACAGAAAGUAAUGAAUGAAAUGGCUGAUAAGUUGAAGGUAAAUGGAUUGGCUGAUAAUCAUCAGGAGGCCAAUGUUCUCUCCUUCAAUGAAUUGACAGAAAAAGUUGACAAAAUGGAGAAAGAGAUAACUGCUAAGGCAAAACAAGAUGAUGUUGAAGAAAUCUGUAAAAACAUGGCAAUAAACAAGGAGAAAAUACAGAACUUAGAUGAUGAAAUUGAAAAAAUUAAACAAUCUUUAUCAAAUAUGGAUAAUUCUGAGAUGAAAAGGCUGAUUGAGAAUAUGGAUCAGUUGAAAAAGAUGUCAGAGGAGAUUGACGAAUUACGCAAGUUGAGUCAUUUGAAGGAUCUCGCUGAUAACGUUGAAGACCUCAAAUCCAUCAAGAAUUCUGUUGACGACUUACUGAAAGACAUGCAGCAGGGAAAAAUCGAUUCGAAUGAAAUAAAAAACAACGUUAAUGAUAUUUCAGAGAAGUUGAGAUUACAAGAAAAUGAUAAGCACCAGCUCCAAAAUAAUGUCCAGUCUAUAGAAAACUCACUGACGGAUAUAUUCAACGAUAUUUCAAAAAAUAAACAAGAUUUAUCCGAGCUUGAAGCUUUGGUGAAUGAUAAUAUGAGGAGUAGGAUAAUUGGAGAUGGUGAUCAUGAUAGCAAACAGGAUUCGAAUAACGCGAACAAUCUAAUCUCACAAUAUGAAAAUCGGCUUGCUCAGUUAGAAAGUCUACUCGAUGAUUUAAAAACAAAACAUAGUAGUAUGUUGACAAAAGAGUCUACAGAACCACAUACACCAGUGUUCGAUGCCUCUGUGUUGGCCGCUAUUCAACAUUUGGCUCAACAGAAUCGCCAACAAAUUGCUGCAUUGUACGCUGAUUUGAACAUCUUGCGGAAGUUACAAACACCAGCAUCGUCAUUCUCUACUGAUACCAACAUGGGACCAGCUGCAGUGGAUAACAAGUUUGUAGAAAAUCUUCAGUCACAUUUAAAUACCUUACAAGAAGAACAGGUCAAAUUGUCUGGUCAUCUAUCAAAUACGAUAGAUGAUACGAAGGAUGAAUUUAAUAGAAAACAGCAACACAUUGAUGCUCUGUAUGAUUACAUUGACAAGCUGCAACACAGCAAAGCCGAUAAAGACGACAUCAACUCAGAAAUGGAUGUAAAAGCCGAUAAACAUGCUCUUGAUGGAAAAGUAAACAUGAGUACGUUUGAUGAACGUUAUCAAAUGUUAGAGCAGACACUGCAAGAUGCUUUGAAUCGGUUGGAUCAGUAUGUAAACCAAGAAGCUGACUUAAAAGAAGCGCUGGAUAAAUUAAAUGAAGAUUUAAAUUCAAAAAUGGACUCGGACGCGGAGAAAAAACUCAAGAAAUUUAUGGAAAGCCGAUUAAAAGAGAUUCAAAACUCUCGUACCAACCUCCCUGAUCAAUCCAACAUGGACUUCGAUUUGCGUAAUGCUGCAGGCCUGAGAAAACCUAUGCCACUAUCCUACCAUUGUAUUUCUUGUGAUCGUCCUGUUGAUGUCACCAUGAGGGGUGUUUUGCCACCUGUACCACAUAACUUUCCUUCUAAGAGGAGUAUGGGACCUCACACCACGUUUGAAUUAGACCAGAUGCGUCAAUCUAAAAGAGCACAAACACAACCUGUGUAUGACAAAGUGAAUACACUGAACCGAGCAUGUGGAGGCCAACAUACGUCUGUUAAUGCGUCAACGUAUCGUGGGCAAAAAUUAUUCAAUGAUAUAAAUGAAGCGAUGGAGAAAAUGUCUGAAAAUAGCGAAGAUGUCUCCAUCAUUGAUUGUGUUUUGGGAAAAGAUGGACAAAUUUAUCGUGGAAGAUUUAAACAGAACAACCUGCCACCGCCUAUUCCAAAGAAAAUGCCACCCUAUGUUGGUCGUAACAAGCAUCAUAAGCACAGAGUGACGCAUUCUGCAACUGUCGUUAAUCAAAAGGCGCCUUCAACACCACCUAAAGAUGACAACCGUCCACGUUCUGCUGAAGCACUUGAGAAAAAUGCGACGAAUAGCAAUGUAGUGUUGCCACCUAUAAGUCGCGACAGCAGCUUGAUUGGUGACGAGAUUAUUAUGAAUAUGGAGACAUAGAAAUUAAUUAUUUGUGUAAUAUAUAAACGAUAGUAAAACUAAGAAGUUGUGUAAAGCAUAUUGACAGUAAUCUUGUCGUUACAGUAAGUUAUAAAAUAAUUCUUUAAUAAAUUAAGUUAAAGAUGA